UGGCUCGGACUUGUACAUGACGCGCGUCGGGCGAUGCCGAACCGCCUGAACGCGGACGCGCGACUGCAACUCGCGACUACCACGUCCCCGGUCCUGUGCUCACUCUUCCCGAGCCUCCACGCGCCAGCAUGGCGGUCACAGAAUCAAACAUCACGGUCGAGACAAAGCUCGUGUCUCCGCCAGAUCCCACUCUUCCGGCCUUGGCGAUCCAAGUGACGCGGCUGCUCGAUUCUUACAUGUUGUGGAUCGGUACGACCGAUGAGACAGCUGAGGACGUGCACAGCGCGCCGCUUCAAGGACACCUAGCGAGGGACUGGGCUUGUGCGAUGCCAGUGAGAAACCUGAGUGCAAACACACCGCCGGCCGCAACUUCGCUAUAUCGCUCCUCGAGUUCGGACGCUGCCUUGUCGAUGUCUCAACGCCUCGCACGGCGCUUCAAGAAGCAGAUUUUCCUGUCCAUUGACCUUCCACCCGUGUUCGACUCUAUGGGGCAGGGUCAGAAGCUCGUUUUGGCUGUGGAAAGGGCGGUGGUUGAGACGCUGAGGGAGUUGGAAUUGUCGCAGGUAUGAGCGAGGCCUGGGGUUCGUGGGAUGGCGGCCUGGCCCGGGCACACGCUGGCCGCUGUAUAGCUCUUGUAAAACAUGGUCGUAGUAACGAGCCGUACGCCAAAUGAGAUCUGUAGUGUGUGAUGACCGAUA